UUCAAGAAGAGAAGAAGUUAUAAAUUUGGGGAGUAUUGGGAAGGAAAACAGUAAGAGGAUAAUAAUGGGUGUCAGUCUGGUUAUCAGUCAAGCUGGAAAGACAGCUUGUUCUGUCGAACACCAAGAAUGUUAGUAGUGAGCCAACCACUUAUGCAGGAAGGCAACCCUAGACUGAAAGGUUUUCCAAGGGGGAGCGUGCUGAUUAGGUAAGGAGAUGUCAUGGUCUUCUUCUGUCGAUAUAGGAAGAUAGCAGAUAUGAUUGCCUGAGACAGCGCAGCUCCUCGGUGCAAGCAUGGCCUUCGCCCAGUCGCACAUUAUGGCAGCUAGAAGGCACCAGCACAGCAGACUCAUAAUUGAAGUGGAUGAGUACAGCUCCAACCCCACACAGGCUUUCACGUUCUACAACAUUAACCAGGGACGUUUUCAGCCCCCGCAUGUGCAAAUGGUUGAUCCUGUGCCCCAUGAUGCUCCCAAGCCUCCAGGAUAUACUCGAUUUGUCUGUAUUUCUGACACUCAUUCAAGAACUGAUCCAAUCCAAAUGCCAUAUGGAGAUGUGUUAAUACAUGCUGGUGAUUUUACUGAGCUGGGACUUCCUAGUGAAGUUAAAAAAUUCAACGAGUGGCUAGGUAGCCUGCCCUAUGAAUACAAGAUUGUGAUAGCAGGAAAUCAUGAACUGACCUUUGACCAGGAAUUCAUGGCUGACUUAAUCAAGCAGGACUUUUACUAUUUCCCCUCUGUGUCUAAGCUGAAGCCAGAGAGCUAUGAAAAUGUACAGUCUCUUCUGACAAACUGCAUCUAUCUUCAAGAUUCCGAAGUGACGGUGAGGGGAUUCAGAAUAUAUGGCUCCCCUUGGCAACCUUGGUUUUAUGGCUGGGGCUUUAAUCUUCCACGAGGCCAAGCACUAUUAGAGAAAUGGAACCUUAUUCCAGAUGGAAUAGAUAUUCUUAUUACACACGGACCACCUCUAGGUUUUCUAGACUGGGUUCCUAAGAAAAUGCAACGGGUAGGAUGUGUUGAGUUGCUGAACACAGUCCAGAGAAGAAUACAGCCAAGGCUUCAUGUUUUUGGACAUAUCCAUGAAGGCUACGGCGUAAUGGCCGACGGGACCACCACGUACGUGAACGCCUCUGUGUGCACUGUGAACUACCAGCCUCUCAACCCGCCCAUAGUCAUUGAUUUACCCACGCCAAGGAACACAUGAUCAUUGUACAGGUUCCAUGUCAUGCUCCACACACUAGCAACUUUAUAUUGCUGGCUGAGGAUCCCGGUAGGGAACUAUUCAACAACAACAAAAAAAGCAAAACCUUCUUCUUAUUUCCCCUCUUAGUUCUUCAGAGAUAAAUUUGAGUGACAAAAAUGGAUGAGGAACAAAGACAUUUUGGUGCCAUUACCUGCCAGAAGCAGAUUAAGACUUUAGCAUUUCACCGUUAAACUAUUUGUGAACACAGAAAAGUGAAUGCAUUCCAUAUAUAUAUAUAUACAUAUAUAUAUAUCAAGUAGGGACUUUUGUAUAUACCACACAUUAUAUUGGACUUAUUAAAACAGAACCUUGUCUUUCAAAGGAGUGUUUCUUUAUGAAAGUUUAAACAUAAGGGUUUAGACUAGGAUUUCCUCGUUUCCCAGUGAGCUCUUGGUGAAAGAAAAGUGGUGGUGAAGAUGUUUCCCCUUAAUUAACACAGCAAAUGU